AUGUCUUUCGAUCCAAGUUCAUCUUCGGCUUCCUCAUCAUCAUCUAAUAUACCUAAUCCGCUUAUCUCAUCAACUUCAUCAACUUCAUCUCAACCUAAACCUUUGAUUCCUGAACCGAAACCGAAACCACCUGGAUGGGUUCAUUUCUUAGCAGGAGGUUUAGGUGGAAUGUGUGGAGCCACAGUGACAGCACCAUUUGAUUUAAUUAAAACUAGAUUACAAUCAUCUAUGUAUCAUCAUCAUCAAACCACUUCAAAUCAUCAUCAUAUCAAAUCAUUAGAACCUAGAAGGAAUUUCGAAAAGGUUUUAUACCAUUUUAAAGAUACUGGAAGAAUGAUUCGAGAGAUCCAAAGAACCGAAGGAUUCCGAGCUUUAUUCCGAGGUCUAGGACCUACCCUAGCCGGCGCGAUCCCAGCCAGAUCGAUCAAUUUCUACGUCUACGGUACCUGUAAAGAAGUGUACCAAGAAGUCCUCAACCCUACUUCUCAUCCCAACCAAAGCUCAAGUCUAGUCCAUAUCUUUUCAGCCAUCACUGCAGGUAUUGCCACUUCUACUGCAACUAAUCCAAUCUGGGUGAUCAAAACUAGAUUACAAUUAGAUAUACCUACCACCACCACAACUUCGAAUAGAUCGCCAAACACAUCGAUUAAAACAGUCUUGAAACCUUCGAUUGAUUGUAUGACCAGAAUUUAUUCGCAGGAAGGUCUUCUGGGGUUUUAUAGAGGUCUUUCGGCUAGUUAUUUAGGUGUGGCUGAAGGUACGAUCCAAUGGACUUUAUAUGAAAAAUUUAAAACAAUUGGAAUCCAUCAGAGUAGGAGUGGUGAACUGGAAGGUCAGGGUCAAGGUCAAGAGUGUUGGUGGAAUCAGGUUUUGGCGGCUGGGUCUGCUAAGUUAUUGGCUACUGGAAUAACUUAUCCUCAUGAAGUUGUUAGAACUAGAAUGAGACAAAAAAGACCGAUUGAAAGUAAAGUUUAUAAGUAUGAUGGAUUACUGAUGACUUUUAGAACGGUUUUUCAAGAAGAAGGUAUCAGAGCGUUUUAUGGUGGAUUACCUGCUCAUUUACUUAGAGUCGUUCCGAAUGCGAUUGUGAUGUAUACGGUUUAUGAAACUGCUUUAUCGAUUAGUAGAAAGAAACUUGAAAGUUCUUAG